GCAAAUGAGCACCUGGUAGCGGUCUGUGGGAGAGGGGCUCUGUAGCGCGCAGUGAGCGGUAGGGUGUUGGGUCGAGCGCAGUGAGGGUAUUUGGUUGAGCGGCAGUGAGUUGGGUCGAGCGCAGUGAGGGUGUUGGGUUGAGCCCAGUGAGUUGGGUUGAGACCGUAAGCCCUUCCGGCAGCGUGCUGAAGGUAAAUAAGGCUGUAAACAGGUUCGACUGUGUGUAUCCGCGGCUGUGUGAAGCGGCGGGUUUGUGUGGGAGCCCCGCGCGCGCUGAGGAUUACCAGGCAGCGGAAGAAGCCGAAAGUUUCCCCGCGGCGCUGAGACCCGCAGCUUCUCCCGCUGAUCCCUGCGGCAUGUCUGUGGCAGUCGCUCCAGACAGGUAACCGGGCGUGUUGCUGUCGCCAUGGCAACACGGCUGCAGCCGAUGUUGCGUCUCCUCCUCGGCGCCCUCCUGCUCUCCUCGACAGCUGCGCAGGACCACGAGUGGCAUUUUGACUCGGCUACGUGUCGUUAUGCACUGGGGAUGGAGGACGGAAUGAUUCCAGAUUCUGAUAUCACAGCAUCCAGUGCCUGGUCUGACUCCACUGAGGCCAAACAUGGCAGGCUGAGUACAGGAGAAGGGGAUGGUGCGUGGUGUCCUUUAGGCUCGGUCUUCCCGACUCCAUCAGAGUAUCUGCAGGUGGACCUGCGCAAACUGCACUUCCUGUCUCUGGUGGGCACGCAGGGUCGCCACGCUGAUGGGCACGGUCGUGAGUUUGCGCGCAGCUACCGGCUCCAUUACUCCCGGGACGGUCGCCAGUGGAUCACCUGGAAGGACCGCUGGGGCCACGAGGUGAUCUCGGGCAAUGAGAACACAUAUGACGUGGUUCUAAAGGACCUGGGUCCUCCAAUCAUAGCGCGAAUGGUCCGGUUCUACCCUCUAGCUGACCGCAUGAUGAGUGUGUGUCUGAGGGUGGAGCUCUACGGCUGCUUGUGGAGCGAUGGACUGAAGGCCUACACUGCACCAAUGGGUCAUGUUAUGCGCCUUUCCGGCUCCCCUGUUUAUCUCAAUGACUCCAUCUAUGACGGCAGGGUGGAAGCAGGGGUGUUGUUUGGAGGCUUGGGUCAGCUAUGUGAUGGGGUGUUAGGAGGGGAUGACUUUAUGGAAAGUAAAGAGCUACGGGUCUGGCCGGGUUAUGACUAUGUUGGCUGGAGCCGUGAAGUGCUGGGCAAACCCACCGUCGACAUUGAGUUCCACUUUGAGAAGCCACGCCUCUUUCACACCAUGCAGGUGCACAGCAAUAACAAGCACACACAGGGCGUGCGUGUGUUCUCCGAGGUGCUGUGCAAGUUUAAGGCGAGUUUGCUGAGCCCGUGGAGCGAGCCGGCUCUGAGCGUGCACGUGCCCCUGAAUGACCUGCGUGACCCCUCCUCACGCACAAUCACACUGCCUCUGGGUGGCCGGCCUGCGCACAUCCUCCGCUGCCACUUCACCUUCUCUGACCGCUGGCUGCUCAUCAGCGAGAUCAGCUUUUACUCUGAGCCGUUCGACUUCCCAUUACCAUCUGUGGCGACCCCUCCUCCCUCCCCCACUCCUCACUCUCCUCUCCUCACCUCGCCCUCUCUGACCUCUUCCAUCUUUCCCAGCACCACCAACUCCAGCAGGCGCCAGAUGGGUGAUGAAUUUGCUGCCAUCACCCCAAGGGCAGGGCUACCUGUUGCUAAGGAUGACAGCAGCGAUACCGCUAUCCUGAUUGGCUGCCUAGUGGGCAUAAUAUUGCUGCUAUUGGCUGUCAUAGUCGGUAUUCUAUGGAGGCAGUACUGGAAGAAGCUUCUCGGCAAGGCCCAGGGCAGCCUCUCCAGCGACGAGCUACGAGUUCACCUCUCAGUUCCGUCGGAGAACGUGGUGAUCAAUAACACAAACACGCACACAUACUCCAGUCGAUAUCAGCGCAUACACACUUUCCCUGACGACACAGACAGAGAUGGAGAGUACCAGGAGCCCAGCGCUGUGGUACGCCCUCGGGAGCAGCGGGACAGCACAGCCUUGCUGUUAAACAACCCAGCCUAUCAUCUUCUCCUGUCUGACCUGAGACAUGGCCCCAACAGGCUGCCAGACUGCUCCAGAGAGUCUGUUAAACCCCAAAACCUGCCGCAGGCAGGCAGUUUAGAUAUGGACGAUAAAGCUCUACCUGUUCAGGAAGGACCGCCCCCAUAUCCUGGAGCCCCGCCUCCUCUCCUGGGAGCUCAUUAUGCAGAAGCCACAGGGGGCGGGCCCAGUGUGCCUCAUUAUGCAGAAGCAGACAUCAUCAGCCUACAGGGCGUAAGUGGGAACAACACGUACGCGGUUCCUGCCCUCUCGGCCACACCCACGGAGUGCCCGCCUCUUCCUGAGCUGCAGCGGGAACGUCUCCUCUUCAAAGAGAAGCUUGGAGAGGGCCAGUUUGGCGAGGUUCAUUUGUGUGAGAUUGAAAACCCUCAAGACCUCCCAGAUCUCGAGUUCCCGUUCAAUGUGAGGAAAGGGCGCCCUCUGUUGGUAGCUGUGAAGAUUCUGCGGCCUGACGCAUCGAAAAACGCCAGGAACGACUUCCUGAAAGAGGUGAAGAUCUUGUCUCGUCUGAAAGAUCCGAACAUAAUCCGCUUGCUGGGUGUGUGCGUGAGCAGUGACCCUCUGUGCAUGGUUACUGAGUACAUGGAGAGCGGCGAUCUUAACCAGUACCUCUCCCAGCGAGUGUUACUGGACAAGACCGGACCACUGCACAACAUGCCAACCAUCAGCUACCCUGCGCUAAUCUCCAUGGCAAGUCAGAUCGCAUCUGGGAUGAAGUUCCUGGCAUCGCUUAACUUUGUGCACCGAGACUUGGCCACGCGCAACUGCCUGGUUGGGGGCGAGCGGGGGGAAGGAGACGACCGAGCGGGAGAGAGGCACAUUAAGAUCGCCGACUUCGGCAUGAGCCGAAACCUGUAUGCCGGAGAUUACUACAGGAUCCAGGGCAGAGCCGUGCUUCCUAUCCGAUGGAUGGCCUGGGAGUGCAUUCUCAUGGGCAAGUUCACUACAGCCAGUGAUGUGUGGGCUUUUGGCGUGACUCUGUGGGAGAUGCUGAGUGUGUGUCAGGAGCAGCCCUAUGGUCACAUGACUGAUGAACAGGUCAUUGACAAUGCAGGGGAGUUCUUUAGAGACCAAGGAAGACAGGUAUAUCUGACUCGGCCGGCGGUGUGCCCUCAGGGCCUGUACGAGCUGAUGCUGAGCUGCUGGAACAGAGACUGUAAACUGCGGCCCUCUUUCACACAGAUUCACUCUUUCCUCACCGAGGACGCCAUGAACAUGGUGUAAAGAGCUGGACGCACGAGACAAGCGUCUCUCUCCUUCGCGUAGACGAGAGGUGUUUGCGUAGCGUGCACAAGCUGGUGGAGGCGAUAGUUGAUGUAGAAGUAGGCGGAGCUAAGCACUCUUAUGUAAAUUAGCGUAAUUUACCCUUGGUAGGUCAGGGCUCGGAGACGCUGCUGGUUCGGUUCUCGUGCGUGACCUGCUUCAGCCCUAGAACCCUAACCCCUACACCUAAUGUUAGUUAAUCUGUAGUCCUGAACUAAUCACGAAUCUGCAGUUCAUCUUAAAACUCUCUCACGGAUAACCAUUUUACACGUUAAAAGGUGGAGGGCUUUUUCUAUUGCUGAAAACUAUAUUUAGACUGUGAAUGAAAUAGUUUUAUAUUAUUACAAAACACAUAAUCUUUGUGAUCCCAGUACUUAAACAUAGCAGAACAAAGAACCAGCUAAAACAGCAGUAUGCAUAGAAACGUUUAUAGCCGAGGUAACCGGUAGUUAGGAGCGAAUUCUGUCGGAUCUCAGUAUUCACGGCGGGUAUAAGGGUUCUUCAUUCCGAUCUCGAGCCUUUUUGCUAGGUUCAGUGGUUGAUGCCUACAGUAAUUGCUAAAUCUGAAGCACAAGGCUACAGCACUUCUCUCUGAAUAACUCAGUAAGCAGUAGACAUACUUAAGACUGGUUGAGGGGUUUUCUGUUUUUAGUAUAAUUACAUGCUUAUUUUGAGGUGUUUUCAUGUCAUAAAAUCACAGACAUGGUGCUCCAUAACCAUUUUGACACAUUCUCCAACAUUGCAGCCUCCUCGACAAUUUUAGCCUUUCCACACCAAUUAACGUCCGUUACGAGUUGCGCUCUCCAGCGGCAGGACGUGAUUUUGAACCCCACCGCCAUCCUUAUACCAGGAGAGGAUGUUCUGUAUGGUGGCUCUGUAGCACAUGUUGAGAAGGUCAGGCCAAGUUCAGGCUUCGUAUCAACGUUUGUAUAAUGAUGGCGUUGAUGAUGCGUCUAGUUGGCAGGGUGUUUUGAGUUGCCUGUACAAACACACACCGUUACAUCUUAAAGCCUCGUUCAGGUGAGGAAGGUCCGAGGAGAAUCAAGCUGACAGGAAGGCUACAGUAACUCAAAUAAGCACUCUUUACAACUGUGGUGAGCAGAAAAGCAUUUAAAGAAAAAACAACCCACAUACAACACAUCAAACCUUGAGGUGGAUGGGCUACAAGAGUGAAAGACCACAUCAGGUUUCACUCCUAAACAGCUACAGUUCUACAACGGCCAUAGGCUCACCUAAAGUGGAAUAUUGAGGGGGGAAGAAAAGGUGACAUUUGAUGUUAAUGCUCUUAAGCGUGAUUUUAUGGACUGGGCGAGUUGGUCUAGUGGUUAGCGUGUCCGCCUCUCGAUCGGGAGAUGGCGAGUUCUACUCACGGUCGGGUCAUACCAAAGACCAUCCUAAAAAUGGUACCUACUGCCGUCUGGCAAGGCACACUGCAAUACAGAUGCGAGUGGGGAGUCAAACUCUUGCGGUUACCAGAGGACCAGCCCCCCACUGUAACCCUAGCUACAUAAUAGGCGAGAGGCCGAGGGCUAUGGAAACGGAGAACGGCGCCGCCCUAUGCGCCACAUGGCGUGGGAAGGACUUUGAUUUGAUUUGAUAGUCAGAGCCACACAAACAUCGAACCACUUCCUUGUUUUGGAAGAGCUUGGGGGACCGAUCAGUAGACUGACCCUUUAAACACAUCAGAACAAUCCAGCGCUCCAUUGACGUCAAUAACGAGGUCCGUUUGUGACCUAAAGCAACGCCCACUUAUGAGCCCUUCCACUUUUAUUCCCAUAGAGAUGCAUUAUGCUGCUCUAUCUUGAUAUACUCUAUAAAAUCUUCGCUCCGGUGUUCCUAACGAAGUGGACAGCAAGUGUGUGUAUAUAUAUAUAUAUAUAUAUAUUUAUUAUUUAAAAGUUCUAGUCUAAAAAAAAAAAAAAGGAACAGACUUUCCAGAAUCCUUUAUUUGACCUGGCGUACAUUAGCUAUUUGUUUUUUCUUGGUCCUUAUUUUAAACAGGUAGUACUGUAUAGAAGAUGGCUUCACCACGUUAUGCUUUUUGACCAACAGGGGGCUCUUGAGAGACGACAGUUUUUCAAUACGGUUGACCGAACACUUCACGAAGCUUCAUCUUGCCAUGACGAACUGAAAAAGCCCAGGUUGCGUGUUUAGAUCCAAGAGAUCGCUCUACAUUAGUCUCAGGACGCUUUUAAAGAGCAAUGUGUUUCACAGAAGAAGUGAGUGGAUGGAGACGCGUGUGAGACAUGCUAGAAGUGGCAGAGCAGAGACAACAGCACAGAGAGCUGGUCCAAUAUUAAUUUUGAGCGUCGAUGUAGGAAAACCUCGUCUUAUUCCGGAAUCACCUUUUCUUAACGACCUGCAAGAGGACGUUCAUUGCAGGGUUUUUUUGAUGCUCAACAAAUUGAGAAGUUUGAUAUUUACAGUAGUUGAAUCAAAUGAACAUCCUGUAAUACGCUAAUAUAAAAAAAAAACUUGACACGCUCACGGAAUGAUCCGAUCUGGUGAUGCUGUAUUUCUCAGUUAGGCUUGAAGCUGUUUCUCAUUUAUCCUUGGUGAGAUUUUCAAAUGGUGUCGUCAUAUUAAUCGUGAGAACUCCUCCCUACCGCCCGACUCUGCUGCACAAGCAUAGACAAAUGGGCACUCCCCCCUCCAACAAAGCUAACUUUCAGCUUCCACACAACACGGUGCGAAUCAGUGCAGCCUCGUUCUCCACCGUACCACCGUUGACUGGUUAUUAAUCGGAAAUAACUCGCCUCCCACUGGAUGUGAUUGUCCAGUAGCUGAGAUAUGAAUUCAGCUUGGAAUUACUGACUGCGACCUGCUCUCUGAAAAUCCAGCUCAUUAUCUCUAGCUGCUUUAUCCUGUUCUACAGGGUCGCAGGCAAGCUGGAGCCUAUCCCAGCUGACUACGGGCAAAAGGCGGGGUACACCCUGGACAAGUCGCCGGGUCAUCACAGGGCUGACACAUAGACACAGACAACCAUUCACACUCACAUUCACACCUACGCUCAAUUUAGAGUCACCAGUUAACCUAACCUGCAUGUCUUUGGACUGUGGGGGAAACCGGAGCACCCGGAGGAAACCCACGCGGACAACAUUUAGGAGAACAUGCAAACUCCGCACAGAAAGGCCCCCGUUUGUCAGCCGCUGGGCUCAAACCCAAGACCUUCUUGCUGUGAAGCGACAGUGCUAACCGCUACACCGCCGUUCUCUGAAAACUUGCUAUAAAUUGCUUUGUAAUGCCAAUAAAGACAAACGAUUUCCUGUUCAAAUUUG